UUUAAAGGAGCAUUGACAAAAAAAAUAAUUUUACUCAUGUUAACAGUAGAUUAGUAAGUAAAUUCAAUUAACAUUCAUAUAAAGUCAUGUUCACUCCGUGUUUUGCAAAGUAUUUCUGUAGUAAUUUCAUCAUCACAUUUAAGAAAAAUCAACAACAACAAAGGAAAAUAUGAUACCAAUAUUGUCCCAUAUCAUAUCUGUUGGGCGAAACUCACAACAGCAGACUCUAUUACACAAUUCAAACUUAAAAUCAAGUAAUUAUAAUAAUAAUAACAAAAGCAGAUAACUGUCACAGUGACCAAUAUCCGUGUUAAUGCACCACAACUCUUUCAUCAAAUUAUGACACCAAACUAAAAGUACCUCAACACCUGGACAAACAAGUCAAAACUAUGGAAGUCAGACGCAGCCUCGCUCUGAACAAACACAAAUGCAGAGAAACACUUGCUUUCUGGUUCUUGGCUGCUUGCGUGGACUUUAGCCUCAGUGCACUCCAUUAGUCAUUAACCUGAAAGCACACACCCACUAAAGUAUCACUUUCCUCAAAACUUUUCCAAACUCCUGGAAGUUUCUCACACAGACAUUAAUCCUCUUUAGAACCAAAUGUUCGAAAGCAAAUGGGUACCAUAGCAACAAGUCAGGAUAUCUUCAUAUAUUUCCUCUGAAUGUUUUUGUCUUUCAUGACUCCCUGAUCUUCCCUCUAACUCUACCCUGAUAACUCCUGAUGAGCAACUCUGAAACCAUGUGUAAUCUAUGUGGAAUGAUCACACCUACUACAUAGUAUCUAAUCCACCUUAUUCGUCACUGGCAAUGAUCUAGAGCGGGACUGAACAUUCCUGAUAAUCCAUUCACCAGCUGAUCACGCCUUGUGUGACACUGUGAGGCUUCAUCCACAUGUUAUUACACUGGCACGGUUCAUUAAACACACUCCAAACCCAUUACAGCACUCCCCCCCUGGCCUCUGCACCUUUUACUUCCUUUCUCAGCUUUCCAAGGUGAGAGACAGAAAGUGGGCCAAGUGACUGAAAGGGAGGGUGAGGUGAGAGAGGGAAGCAGAGUGAAAAGACGUGCUCAGCUUUUCUUCUCUUAUCAGUGGCCUGUGUGAUAAAAUUUCAGCACACAAAGGAGUGACUACAACAGUCUCCAUCAAAAAGAAAACUCUGUCCUGCUCUGACACACACUUUCAUACAUUAUUGAAAGUCAACAAACACAUUUGGAUUUUCUCAACAGAUUUUGGAGGCUGGAUGACGCAGCCCAAAAUCAAGCUGAGCCUUUCUCAGAAGAAUAGAGUAAGAUCUAAGUCAGCAUGGUGAGCUCGGAGUCCUGAAUGUGCUGUGAAAGUUUUCUCUUUUUCUGUGGGACGAGGAUUGGUAAAAAACGAAUGUCACAGCUCGCACUGAGUGAAGCAACAUGACACAAAGGACCUUUGAGGGUAUAUCUGUGUGCUUGUGGUGCAGAAGCAUCAUCAACAGGAGGACCUGCCCAUCAAACGUGCUCAGUUAGGUCGAUUCUUAUCCCACCCUGUGGGAGCCACAGAGGAAGCGCUGUGUCACAAAACAUUUGUGCAGUUGAGCAUAAAGUCUGCAGCUUACUGUCUUCACAGCAAGGUCAAGCAAACAUAAAAAAUACCACAGAUCAGCAUACGAGAAACAAAAACUACAAUGCACAUUGAUUCCAGGCAGUAUGAUUAUCUGAAGCACAGCCAUUUGUGAGGUCUAGGAGAGCCAAGUGUUUAUCAGCAUCUUUUCAUAAUUUCAUUUCUUUUACGUCACGAUGGAAGAAUGCGUACCCGGCUCCCAUAGCAGCAGGGGUGAGGGGGAACCCAUGCUUUUGUCCUACUGAUGUGGGGCGGAAAAUGAGGGCAGCAAUUCUGGGAAUUCUAAAAUCAUCCCAUGCUCUGUCAUUCCCACCCCAACACUAUCUCUCUGCUUAUAACAAGUUUGUUUCAAUUCUUCUACUUGAAGGUUGCUCCCUCAGCUAAUUCAGUUUCUCACACCGCUUCAAAAUAAACAUCAUUUUUCAUGCAGAAAGUUAGAAAGCAAACAAGUUCUUUAUCUAUUUGGCUACAGAGUUCUUGUCAGUCAUUUUGUUAACUUGCUUGUGUUUUUUUUACACAAAGCAAAUAACUUGUGUUAAGUUAUAAGGGGGUAAAUAUUUUUGGGUACAUUCAGAAAUUAAAAGUUGCAGCCUUUACAUAUUACCAGCAGGUUAGGGGCUUCAAACAAAUGCCUUAUACCAAAUUUUUAUUGCUAUAGAAGAAUAAACAUUGAAUAUGUGACUGAAACAACAAUCCCAAUCUGAGUGUCACUGGUGCUUUUUUUUUUUUUUUCCUGUAAUGCUUUCCCGUCUGCAGUUAUGCUGACGGACCUGCAGCCUCUGGCCUUAAAUUGAAUUUUCGCACGGUAAAUUGAAUCCAAGCAGCUACCCUGUUAAGAUCAGAGAUGGGAUGGAAAAUAUAAUUAGGAUAUUAGAGCGGGUGUGCGGGGAAAUGAACGACGGCAAUGGAGUCAUGACAGUACCUCUGCUUACUCAGAGUCAGCGUGGUUUACAUGAUCAGAUCUAAAUUAUACAGUUGACGGGAGCAGCUAAGACAGCUGGUUAGUUGGGCACUUUGAGUACUACUUAUGUGCGAUGUUGCAUGUGCUGCAUUUAGUUAAACCUGCAAUUGUAUUCAUCUUAUGUACUGCAUUUGAAUCAUGACAUACCUUUAGCAUGUGAAAUGCGAAUGGGAGAAAAUGAUGAGGUUAAAAGUUUGAACAGAUACUACUAAGUUAGGAUUUUUUGGCAAACUACUGCUUCAUGGGUCAGUAAACUAAUAAACUUUCAUUCUCAUGCAGAGGCAGCAAAUCCUUAAUUUGGGGAUUGGAUUAUUUCUGCUGGAAGACUGUAGUUCAACCCUUCUUUUCUGUUUCUUAAACCUCCAAAGUCUUUCAUUAGUUUCUCUGUAUUAUCCUUGAAAAUAAAACCUUGAAGGUUUAGGUAACAGCACUAAAAAAAACACAACAGUAGCAAACGCCCCCUGUGCUUUAAAGGACAGGCAGCCUCUUGGUCCUCAGGGUGUUCUCCCUCUCCAUUACAUUCUUCACAUAAAACCAGGCCUCAGUCUCUCUCUCUAAACCUUCCUCCUCUCUUCUUUCACUCUCAAACAAACAGCCAUUUAUCCCUCUUUGUCGACCUACAGAACUUCAUUGGCAUUACAAAGAGAGACUUCAGUGUUACCAAAUAGUGUACAAUUAUUAGAAGCGCAUAAAGACACCCCUCCCUGACUUAUCCCACAUUCCUGACACUUGUUUCCCUCUGUACUUCUCACUUAUACAGGUGGAGAGCGACUCUCUAAGUGCGUAUGUGACUUUAUCAGCAGCAGUGACUGUAAACCUCCCUUUAUCACUCCGCGCAGAGAUAUGAACCCAACCAGUCUGAUUUUUGCUGCAAUGUCCACUCUGCUUCAAAAUGACACAGUGUCAGCAUAUUCAGGGGCUUAAGAGGCCCCUGCUAUGAUUAUUGUGUUAUUGUACUUCUAACCAAACCUCAAAACUGUAAUCUGCACUUCAUUCUUGCUGCAUCACCUCUUUUGCCUGACUGGAACUUCAUGUUGAAGAGAAGCUCUCCAUUGCAAACCUGCUAUUUGAAACAACAUAAAAGGGUUUGCAGAGUAAUUGGGAUAAAUUCAAGAGCUUUAAAAGACUGAAAAAUACUAUUGGGGUGUUAAAAUUUUAUCUGAGGCUAGUUUAAUUUUUUUUAAAGCACCAAGUAGACAUUAAAAUUGUACCUGUAUGGACAGAAACUGCUUUUUAAUGAUAUUUUUUUAUUCAAAAUGAAGCGCUAAAGUCACAAAUUUCACCUGCAGUUACUUAAAAUCUGUCUGGAAGUACAUGUGAGUAAGUGAAAGGCAUCUCCAACAUUUACUUUACACGACAUUUACAGGAAUAUCAAGUUAUCCUGAAGUACACGGUACUGUUUACGUUAGCUGGGAGCACUAUUCCCAUCAAACUCUCGUUAGCUUCAGAGCUAAAUACGCGUUCAUGAACACAUAAGUGACACAAAAGCAGUAGGAAUUAUUGCACAACAAACUUAAGAAAACAAAUCAGCGACUCACUACAUUGGAAAACCUCCCACACAGAGCAUAACUGUCUGACAGGUCGUGUCUGUCAGGUUUUUUAGCUGCCUGGCUACGAGAGGAGGACUAAAAACCAACCGUAAAGUUACCUCUUUAUCUCAAGUUUUCAGCCCGCUCCUCUCUCAAACUUCGCUUCACUUGAGUCCGUGAUAGGUUAAAUAUUUUCACCGACAUCCAUUAAGGUCCAUACAGAGAAAACAAAAGUGGUUUGGAAGGGUAACUCUAUCCAAAUUGACACACCAACAAGUUCAUUAUACGGUGACUGCAACCUGUUACCUUUGUUGGGGAUGUAACCGUCCCGCCCAGCCUCUCUUGAAGGAGCGCUAUGAUUGGACAAGCGAACUGUUAAAGGCGGGACUAUAGAUUCAAGCUACGGUUGCUAUUGGUGGAAUACAUACGUCAUUUGAUUAUUGUGCUGGAACCAGUCUACUGUAUGAUUUCUCGUUUAUAAAAGCAAGCCCCCAUUUUAGCUUAAGUGAAACAAACACCAACAAAAUUAAAAUAUCAUAGUUUAAUUUAGUGCUAUAGAAAAGAGCUCAACUCCCUCCAACAGGACUUUACUAUGUCAUGUUUCUCCAAAUUACCAAUAGAUGGCGCAGCUUUCUUCCAGCUGGUGCUUCAGUAUCACUAUACAGGGGACUUGGAUUAAGGUCCUAUCUUUACUGCCAGUGCGUAGCCUUUAAGAAGCUGCUAUUUAAGUGGACAGCUGAAAUUAAACUUGCAAUUACCUACGAAUCAAUGUCCUUGAGUGUUUUACGCGGACACUUACGCUUUGAAUUGACUUAGUAUAUUAAUAUAUUAAGUAUAUUAAUUCUAUCCAGGUUUUUCAGGGGCAUGUGUUUGUCUGUUAUCCACUGUUUUUACUACCUUACCUGACAUGAGGUGUUCAAAUCUCAACCCUUCUCCUAAGGUAAGAUAAGAAAUUAAAUCCCCAUACAUAAAAAAAACCCCAACAGUCUGCAUAUAUGGAAGUAAAUCUGUGCCAUCUGAUUUUGAAUUUGAAUUUCAAAAGCUGAUUUUUUUCCCCCAUCAAAAUCAGACCUUGAAUUUCAAAACUAUCAAAUUUCAAGCAUGCAUUUUUAUUUCUGACCCCAAUUUUUUUCACAAUGAUGAAAUAAAUUCAGUGUAAAAAAAAAAAAAGUGUCACAAAAUAUCGGUGAAGUGAAAAUUCGACUCAAAAAAUGUGUAAAAAAAUCAACAUAAAAAAAAAAAUUGUGUCAAAGGGACCGACUCAAUAUCUGGGUAACCCUACGCCUAUUUUCUUUACUAGAAAUGUUCGAAUUGAUAUAAAAUGUCCUCUAACAUAGAUUUUUUCCCUUUUUUUUACACUCUAUUUUUCUAUGUUUAUGUUGUUUGUUGAUUUCUUCUUUUUUUUCUCUUUUGAUGUUAUUCAUGCUCAGUCUAAGGCAAAUAUUCUAUAAUUUUCUUUUAUGGUAUACAAGUGCCUUGUUUAUUUGUUUAUAAUUCAAUAAAAAAAUAAAAAACACAUGAGUAACCAGGGAAAAGCAAUCGAUUCCUCAAUCUUCCUCUGGGGUCAGUGCCACAUGACCAAUCUAGCAUUAUUUGACUGGCUGGACGAUGGAUGAUUGAGCCAGGAAUCGACUGCUCUCCCUGGUUACCUGGAUGGUUAGUCACUCUGUUUUACACUGAUUUUUUUGACACGUGUUACACAUUUUUUUAAGUUGAACUUUUACUAAACAAAUAUUUUGAGAGACUGAUUUUUUACACUAAAUUUAUUUUAUCAUUGUGAAAAAAAAGUUUGAUAGUUUUGAAAUUCAAAGUCUGAUUUUGAUGCAAAAAAUAAGCAGCUUUAUAAAUUCAAAAUCAGUUGGCACAGAUUUACUUCCAUAUGCAUACCCAGUUAUGUAUUAUCACCUUUUUUUUGUUACUGUAAAACUCCCACCCCGUCCCAUUCGGCCCCUCCCCAAACUCCAGUGACUUCCCACAAUCUCCACACACAACUUUCCUCUUCAUCUCAUCUCUUCAUCUGGUCGCCAGACUGGACGCAUCAUCUUACGCUCCGGGAAUGGGAACUAAACUUGGUUCAAAGAAAAACUUCGAGUUCUAUCGAGUUUACGCUCUUCAGAAGCUACUUUUCAAACUACAGGGGUAGUUGUAACUGCAGGUGCACUGUAACAACCAAUGACUUAUCAGACGCACAAGGUGUUGUCCGAGAGAUCCAGACGCUAGAAUUCAGUGUAGAUCAAUCUGGACUUACUUAGAAGGAUAGAAGUGUGCUCCAGACUACAGUCACUGCAACCGAGGCGUGCGUAAAAUCUCUGUGCGUAAAGUUGGAGCUGUUGCGCGCGGCUCAAAGUAAGUUUGAGUGAGGGAACUUGUGCGAGAAAGUUUAGAAAGCAAAAAGAUUUUUCAACUUUAAAAACUGUGAAAGUGUUGAGUACCUUGGCAGUCAUGGCAAAAUGGUUCAGAGAUUUCCCCAUCAACCUGAAGAACGGAAACGAGAGGGUCCGCUCGGCUUCUGAAUCCGGUCCACAAACUCGACCCAAACCCUCGUUUUCUCGUGACAGCCUGAAAGGAAAUCAGCGCAAAGAUGGAGGGGUAGGGGGUUUAUUGGCAGGGAGAAAUAGGAAGAAUUCGGCGACAGAGUUGGGUCGUCACAAUGCUGGUCCUACUGGGACAGUCUGGGAGACUCUCACUAAUGGAAAAAGUCGUAAGAACCCCAAGGUCGAGAGUGGGGCAUCAGAUGAGAACCGCCAGAUCAAGACUUCUAGUUUGGCGCACGCGUAUAUCAGCAGGAUGAUCAAAGUGGAUAAACAAGACAAAACCCAGAAACUCAACGGGAUCAGUGAGCAGAAGCUUCCAGAGAACGAGAAGGGGAGGCCUGAAAUCAAAACAACGGUGAGUGACUUUAACAGAGUUUCAUAUUUCAUCUCUUAUUUAUAGAUGGAAUCAGGAAAAGCAUUUUUGAGCAUGCAGGUAAAAAAGUCAAUAGGAUUGUUCAGAGUAAAACCAAAUUUCAUUGUGGGCUUGAGGUCAGGGAUUUUUCUUUUUGUUUCCCACCUAAGCUCAUAACCAUGUAUUCAGUUUCAAACGCUCUCAAAGAAUACAAUGCAGCUUCACUUCAUUGUGUCAGAUCAAACAGGCAAACACAAUGAACUGACCUCUUUGCAUGAGCAUCAUUUCUUGGCUUCCUUUAGUCGUCGCUCAUCCUUGAACAACCUCACUUGCCCACCCCCAACACAUAAUGUAUUAGAUCCCAAUCCCCAAGGCCUCCCUGUUGUCUACAGGUAAAUGUAACUUCUGUGUGGGAAUUGAGCAGGCAUUGUGUUUCUUUUUUUCUGACGGGGCUUUCCCCCUUUACAGCUGAUCAUCCUGGAGGACUAUGCUGAUCCUUUUGAUGCAGAGAAAACCAAGGAGCAAAGAGAGGCUGAGAGAGCAGGCGUGAAUGAUGGGUACAUGGAGCCUUAUGAUGCACAGGUCAUCAUCACAGGUGAGCUCAGGGUCAUGAUCUAUAUCCAGUUUAUGGCAGUGAUGUUGAAGGGGUGGCAUCUUGACCACACAUUUUAGACCACUGAUGAGACUUUGAGUGACCCAGCAGGAGUUAUUUUUAUCAUCACACCACGGUUAUUUGGAAGUACUUUAAACUGUCAGCCAACCCCAGUGCUGCAUUUGUUUUAGAUAAUCUCUUAAAUGCACACAAAGUGGUUUGUAAAGUAAAAUACAAUUAACUUAUUCUUCUGCACUCAAAUUAAGGUUACUGCAUACCUACAAUCCUGCCAAAGGGCAGUUUCCAAUAGUCACCGAGCCAAAAUAGACCCUCAGCCUCUCCGCUGACUUCCCUCCUUGCUGGCGGUUGCCAUAGGAACACUACUGAACAGGGACAAUGGGUGCAGCUUCCUCUUCCAGCUUCCUGUCUCCUGCCUCUGUUUCCUUCGCCCCAUUCUCUUUAAAGGGAAGUUGGUCCCAGUGCCCCCCCUCUCAUUGCGCAUAGACACACACAUACAUAAAGUACCUUUUGGUUCCUUACGUGUGAAAAGAAUCGAAAGACCCCUCACCCCUCCCUAAGGCCUGCAGGGGCCCCCCUUGGUCUCAUCCAAUCAUUUCCCAGCAGCCAGGAAGUGGCCUGGUCAGGCAGCCAAUCAGCGGCUAUGUUGACCUUUUCUUCCUGUAGCUCCAUUGUUUGGUCACACAAUAGUGCAGACACAGAGACUACCUGUCAGACAGCAAAGAAACACAGCAAGAGAAAUUUCCCCAAAAUUAACAACGUGUCAGAACAAAUGCAGUUUAAAGACAUCAGCAUAAUGGACAGAUCCUUAUUAUGGUCCAGUCAAGUAUUAGGCAACACGCUUUAGGAUCUGAUAAACUCAUAGAAAAUAAAACAAAUUAACCUUCUUCUACCACAAACUGUCCAAAGAAUGUUUGAGGUGGAACUUAAGUCAUUUGAGAGGAAAACAGACACUGGACAGUAGUCAUAUUUGAAUACUGAAGCCUAUAUUGAAGCAAUAUCUUCUCUGUUCAGUGACAGGGACAGACUUUAUCAGAGGAAACUUGGACACUGACUUCUGUAGGGGUGUCCAGGCAUAGUAAACAUCAUGGGUCUAAGCCCAAACCUAGAAGAGUUAUUUCCACCAAUCACAUCAUCACAACACAAAAAGCUAAUUUCAGUGCAAGUAUCUCUGAAACCACAAACAGCAAGUCAUGGUUUAAGAUUUCAGCGUGGUCACUGGGGUGGACAGUGAGUUUAUUUUCAAACUGAGCUCUUAAAUGUGACUCAAUUUAAGAAAUUCCUCUCUAGAGAAUCAGACAACACUCUAUUUCUAAAUGGUAAAAAUAGUCAAAAUUAAUUCUUCAAAUUAUUUUGUCAGUAGUUAUGAAGUUGCACUCAGUCUAAGGAGAUAAAACAGUCUAUCAUGAAACUGCUCUAACCUGAGCUCUGUUCUUUUUGAAUUAAUACUAUUUCAAAGUAGUGCCAAAACUUUGUUGUCCUUUUGAUGCUGUUGGACUGUAUAACUAUAAAAAAUUCAAGAUAUUUGGUUCUCCCAUCAUUUGCACAAGUCAGCAUUCAGCUAACCUUUCUGUGACUUAUAAUUUGUGGGAGUUGACUAUCGUAUUGUUGAUCAGUAUGGCUCUCAACAUACUGUUUUAAAAAAUGUCUGUAUUUCUUUGCAGCUGAACAGAAGAGACCAUUCUGUUUUGGUCACCUUAGCUGAGAGUGUCACUUAGUGAGAGUUCUUUGAAAGUGUUCAUUUAAACACAAGAAGAGACACAGUAUGUGCUGAGGAAGAAGCUCAUUGACUGAAAUAUGCAAACACACACACACACUAACAAACCAACAGGACAGUCACCUGCUUCAUUUGAACACCUCCUCAGAAUUUUUUGAAGCCAAAUCCACUUUUUCACAGAAAUUUUUAGUGAAAGAAUAAAAUAGAAGGGCAACAGUGGAGACUUUCUAAGAAGAAUAUACAAUAGUUGUAUGACUCCUUUCACCCUUAAAAUGCUCUGUCUAAUUUUUCAAAUGAAUUUUAUAUUGCAGAGGUCCGUAGACGAGGCUCCAAAGACCUCCUAAAAGUGUGUGUCCUGCUGGACCGAGGCCAAAGAGAGGGGAAGGAAGAGGAGAAAAAAAACACACACCCAAAUAUAUAUGACACACCCUAUGAGGGUGGGCUGGAAGGCGACAGUGAGGGGGUGUGGAUCCCUGUCACACGGCCUGAGUCUGACGUCCGUCCCGCUGGAGAAUAUGAACUGCCCUGGGAGUGGAGAAAGGAGGACAUUGUGAGAGCGCUGUCAGGUACAGAAAGGGAGAGAAGGAUGACGGGAAGGGUGGAAAAGGAGGGGGUUUAGGGUGUGGGGGAAGGAUGCGACAAGUAUUAUUUGUAUGGCCAUGCCGCAACAAUUUAGUGUUUGCUUUAGAGGGGAAAUUAAACAAUCCUGAUGAUUCGAUUUCUAGACGUGUGUUUACUUUGGUAGCUUUUGAUAUCAUCUGUCCUCUUCUCUUCAGCUCAAUUCGAGACAGCGGAUUGUUUCCCCAGUAAGGAGAACAGUUCGACCUCCCUGCGCCAGCAGCAGCAGCAGCAGCAGCAGCAGCAGCAGCAGCUUCAGCAGCAGCAGCAGACACAGCAGCAACAAACCCUGAGGCAGAAGAACUGGAACAAUAAAACUCUUGUACCGUCUUCUCCGUCCUCCUCUUCCUCCUCUUUUCCCUCCUCUCCAAUUCUCAAACUCUCCCCUCUCACACCUCCAUCCCCCUCUUUCCCCACUCUUAAGCUCUCCCCUUCUUCUAGUCCCAACAACAAACUCUCUCCCCCAUCUCCUACCUCCCCGAACACACCGCUGGAUGGGGAAGCAGCUAAAGUGGAGCCUAACCUGCCACUGGAGAAGCAGAGGUAAGAACAGAAAAGACAUACUCAUCGGUAGUAAGAUAGAGGGAAAUAUACCAGAUGAUGUCGGAAAAAUAAGACCACAUCUCACAUCUCCUGAACAGGACGUUACUGGGCUGAUGUGCAAAAAUAAAAAUCAAGAUAUUCCCAGAUUUAUUCCAUUAUACAGCACAUACUGUACGAUAACACCUCCCUUGAAAUAAGUUUAUAGACAAGUCUGUUACAGACUGGAAAAAACAUGUGUAAGAGCAUAACCAAGAAGCCAAACACACACACAUACAUACAGAAAGUUAUGUUCAGGACCAUUUAAGAGCCCAGCUGCACAAAAGAUCUCAAACAAUGAGAAAAUACAACCAACAUUUAAACCCAAGCAAAAAAAGUAUAUUUUAAAAUUUACCUGAAAAACUUAGCAAUGUACCAGACACAAUCUUAAUCAAUUGAUAACUUUACGUAGCCUUGUUUGCACCUUCUUCUUUCAACAAAGGAUUACUUUUUUUUUUUUUCUUUUGGCCUGUCUGGAAGAACAGCACCCUCCUCAGUCCUGGCUGAAAAUCAAUCUUGACUCACUAGAAGUUGUAAAGCAAUCAGGUAGAUUUCCUCUAACAUCACAUAUAGUGCCCAAAACGGUUUCAGAGACUGCCAAACUUCUUGGCCAAAAUCUCACAUUUAUUUUGCACUUGGCUCUUGAGGGAGACUUGUCAGUAAAUUUUGGCGUUUAUCACCGAGCUCAUUAGCCAGAUGCAGCGUUCAAGGACACCCUCAAGUUCAGGCAAACACUGGAGAUGUGAGUUGAGGUUUGAAUAGACAGAGGAGACUUGUUUUAACAGUACAGCUUGUUUCCUUAUCUCAUUAAGCACAGCCUUUCUCUCUAGAUGGAACAUGUGUAGAACGUACUCAGAGUGGAUGAACAUUCGCUCCUUUUAUGUUAAGGCCGAAUGUAAGUGUUCUACAUGUGAGAUUAGCAGCCAGGCUACAGCUCUGACCCGUAGCCUAACUGCUAAUGGACCUUGACAUUCUAUGCAGCGACGCACAUCUAGCUCACUGGUCUCUUUGAUUUAUGUCUUUGCCCUCCCAAGUUCACCUUUGACACUGUUAACUCACUCACUCCCAAACAUAAAUCUGUCUGGUUUAAAGAGACCGUAAACCUUUCAUGCUGUUGGAGCAUUUGGCCUCUGUUGUUUUCUUCCUCUUACCAUCAUCACCUAUCAUCGACUUGACGUCUGACUUCUCUCCAUAUGUCACUGUGACUAUAUGUCAGUGAUCUUUCUCUCUCUCUCUCUCUCUCUCUGGCUCCCUCCCCCUCCUCCCCCAAUCCCUCUCCUCUCCAAGCUGGUACCACGGCAGUGUGAGUCGGCAGCAGGCUGAGGCUCAGCUGCAGCGCUGCAGGGAGGCCAGCUUCCUGGUGAGAGACAGCGAAUCAGGAACCAGCAAGUACUCCAUCGCUCUGAAGUGAGUGUGUGGAUAUGUUUGUGUGUUUCCUUUGAGGGUGCGUUUCUGUAAACAUGAGACAUGCACACUAUAUAAUGCAACAUGUACAUAUGCAUAUAUGGAUCUAUUUUUGUCCUCUUUUGUUUUGCUGCGUGCAUCACAGUCUCUCUCACUCUUUCUUCGGCUGAGUUAUCACCGCCUUAAAAUCAAACAUUUUCCACUGAUUUUAAUUCUGUCUUUUUGUAAUUACUUGGUGUUAUUUGAUGUUCUUAUCUUGUGUUUUUACUGUGUAUUUUAUAGACUAAAUAUAUAUUAGUUUUAGCUCCUUGUGACUUAACUUUAAAUAGUGACUCCGCUCAUUUCCAGCUACAUUUAAGGUAUAAUUUAACUUUAGUCAUUGUGGUGUCAGCCUCUGAGGCGCUAAUGCAUGAUAAUGUGUGUCAUCAGUGAGGCAGACAGUAGUGAUGAGAGUGCCAAGAGCAGGUUCUCAAGGAAAGGCUGUCACUCUGUGUGCUAUUUUCUAUGUGAACAUGUGCCUGAAUGCACAUUUGUGGUACAUUGCUUAUUCAUUUGCGAGUUCACAUCAUUAACCUCAUUUACGCCUUCACUGAGCUCGGAAAACGCGCAGCCUUAUUUGACGAGUGAACACGUAGUUCUUGUGCGUUUUAUUAGCUAUGGCUGUUACUUUGGUAGAGUGCUUUUAACCUGUGAGACUUACUAUCUGUUUUCACUCUGUUUUGUCCCAUUAGGACCAGUCAAAGUUGUGUGCAUAUCAUUGUAGCGCAGACCAAGAGUGUGAAGGGCUUGGGAUUCACCCUGGAUCAGAGCAGCUGUGUGUUCUCCAGUAUCCCGGAGCUGGUCCAUUACUACUGCACACACAGGCUGCCUUUUACUGGAGCAGAGCACAUGACGCUGCAGCAUCCUGUGUCCCGGCCACACUGAAGAUGUGAACGGGGGACAUACAACCAAUGCACAGAGACAUAUAUUACAUAGUAAAGCACAAAUGCACAUAGAAAAUGCAUCAACUCUUUAAUACAUGUGUAAGAAAGGCACUCACAGAUAUGCUGCUUUGGGAUGAUCCUGCGUACGUCUGGAGCUCUUUCAUGCGCAACCUGGUGGCCAAAGUCAUUCAUCACAAGAACUACUCAUCACAUUGUCUCAUCCGUCGCCCUCACAGAUCAUAUCAGCACCCAACUAAACUCAUUUCUCUGAUACCUGAACACACAAAGCACUACACUUACUAUAACCAAUCACAUAUUCGUAACAAAUGAGACAGGCUGGCACCAUGCCACAGAGUUAGGCCUAGUCUCUGAGAUCAAUACACCUGAUUGGAGUAUAUAUGUUCAUCCAUCUGACAUGUCAAUCAGCAUAUUGAUCCAUCCUGAAAAUCAGGCUCAUUUGCCAACCACUGGGCCUAACAAAGGAGAGAGCUUCAUUGAUUAGGUGAUUAGAACUCGUGGAGUGGGAGGGGUCCUGUCAUAGUAGAGUACACCAUCAGCAAAAAAUGCAUGAGUCAGCGGACGUUCAUAAAGUAAAUAUUUAAAUAUGUAUGCCCAUGCACAUACCUUCAUGAGAAUUUGUUCUGAUUAAAAAGCUAUCGUAUUUCAUGUCAAGAGAAGUGGCCUGUUUAACCUUUGUAUGUACCUUUGCAUAAGUGAUUAAUGUAUGAAGUUAUGGAUAUUGUCAACUACACAGUGGUGUGGGCUGUUACUGCUGUAAGACUUUUAUUCAGUAAAUACAGUGUUUAUGAACUGUAGACAAAAUGUGUUAUCAUUAAAACUGCCUGGAACAAAAGUGAAA